AUGGCGGCGAGGCCAAACAGGAUACCCUGGCAACUGGCAUGCCUGGCAACGCUUGCGGCGGUGGCGGCAAUGGCGAUGGCGGCAACCCUGCCAUACACAUAUAGCCAGGACAAUGCCAUGGUAAUAGGCGAGCCGUUGGCUAGUUCUGACUUGGCCGAUUUCCACGCCCACUUGAAUGACCUGCAGACGGCUGAAUCCAAGAAGCACGAAGAGCACGAGGAGGAGGGCGAGGCGGAGUCCGGUGAGAAAAAGCACAGCGAACACUACAAGAAGCAUGGGGAGAAGAGCAAAAAGGGUCACAAACAUGGCGAACACCAUGAGAAGGGCGAGAAGGGCCAUCACGACAAGGAGGGCAAAAAGGGUGAGCACGGCGAGGAGGAGGGUCACGAAAAGAAACACAAACACUCCGAGAGUCAUCAUAAGAAAAAGAAAAAGGGCGAAAAGGGUGAAAAGGGCAGCGAGUUCGAGGAUCACGGCAGCUACAAAAAGGGACACUCCAUCAAGGGCAAGCACAACGUGCACAAGCUAAACGAGGACAAAAAGGAAAAGAAAUACUAUGAUGAGGAUCAUGUCGAGGGCGGCGAGGAGAAGCACGGCGGCUAUGAGGAGGGCAAGAAGCACAAAAAGGGCAGCAGCUAUAAAAAGGGCGAGCACAAAAAGGGCGGCCAUGAGGAGCACUAUGGCAAAAAGGGUCACAGCAAAAAGGGCCACAAGAAAAAGGGCCAUCAGGGACACAAGAAGAAGCACGACGAGUCCAAAAAAUGGGGCCACAAAAAGGAGCAUGGCAAAAAGGGUGGCGAGGAGCACAAAAAGAAGUGGCACAAAUCGCAAAAGAAGAGCAGCGAACACGAUCAUGGACACCACUGA